AUGUCAAAUAAAAGACGACGUUGUUUCACUAUCGCUGAAAAGGUAAAAAUAAUUGAACGUUUAGAAAGUGGUGUUUCUAAUAAAGAUCUUUGUCAAGAGCUGGGAAUCAGUCAAUCAACACUAUCUACUAUAUGGAAAUCAAAGGACCAAAUAAAAAGUGUUUUUCAAAAAGAUGUUACAUCUUACAAGAGAAUCAAAUGUAGCCAACAUCAAGACGUUGAACAUGCUCUCCUGGAAUGGCUCAAAAUACAACGAUCUAAAAAUAUUCCUGUAAAUGGUCCGAUACUUCAAGAAAAAGCGACCGAAUUUGGGAAACGUUUUAAUAAAAUAGAUUUUCAAUGUUCUUCUUCUUGGAUUACCCGUUUUCGUCAAAGACACAAUAUCAUUUUUGGAAAAAUAAAUGGAGAAUCUACAAGCGCUUCUGUUGAUGUUUCGGAAAAUUGGCUGGAACACGUUUGGCCUAAUUUGCGUAAAAAUUAUGCAGAUUGUGACAUUUAUACCGCUGAUGAAACCGGAUUGUUUUUUCGUCUAACACCGUCUCAUACAUUACAUUUUAAAGGGGAAACAUGCAGUGAUGUCGACUACAAAAGUAAUAAAAAAGCAUGGAUGACCGGGGACAUAUUUUCCAACUGGAUAAAAGAAUGGGAUAAACAACUGGCAAAGGAAAAACGGCAUAUCCUAUUGACUGUAGAUAAUUGUCCGGCUCAUCCUCUUGUUCAAAAUAUCGAAUUUAUAAAGGUGGUUUUUCUUCCUCCAAACACGACCUCUGUAUUACAACCUAUGGAUCAAGGUAUUAUUAAAUCAUUAAAAGUAAAAUUUCGGAAAUUAUUAGUACUCAAAGUUAUUAAUCGAGAAGAACAGGGAAAAGAUAUUAAAAUUUCAGUAUUGGAUGCAAUUUUAAUGAUCUCUGAUGCAUGGAAUGACGUUUCUACCACUACAAUAAGAAACUGUUUCCGCCACGCUGGACUCAAGGCAUCGGUAAACGACGAGAUAGAAAAAGAAAUAGUAAAUGACAAUAAUUUGGACAUACAUUGCGUUUCCGAAAAAAACUUACAAAGUUUUAUCGAGGUUGACGAUGCUCUUUUGACCACUGAAGAACCCAAUGAAGAAGAAAUUUUCAAGUCUAUUUUGAAUGCAAAUAAUGAUGAAAGUGAACAAGCUGACGAAGAGAGUGAAGAAAUCGUAUUUAAAGUACCGUCUGUUUCGGAAAUGUAUUUUUAUAUUGAUCAAUUGCAACAAUGCACUAUAUAUGAACGGAAACGAAUAUUUUUCAACGCCGGAUUUCCCGUCACUGUUACGCCCAAGUUUUAUUAUUUCUAA